CUCUCUUUCUCUCUCUACCACUAUUACACACAUUAUAUAGAAGACUUAGAUCAACCUUACCUGCUCAAGGUGGGGGUCAAUGAGAUAAAAGCAAAGAAAGCUCAUUGGAAAAGCUAAAAGAUUUUAAAGCCCGAAAGAAAGCUGAUUUUUACAAAGCAAACUGCUUUACCUCUCAUCAUCUCUCCUCUCUCCUCUCUAAGAUUAAUAUAUUGAAGCAACCAAGUAUACCAACUUAACCAUCUGUACAGAAUAAAAAGGAUUCUUGAAAGCUUCGGAGCUUCUUGUAAGACAUAUUCAGCAAAACCCACUACAUAAAUCUACCCAUAUGUUCGACAACCAUCUCCACCACCAUCACUUCACUGCAACUCAUGGCCCAGGUCCGGGCCCUUCUUCCUCUUCCGAUCUCUUCUCUUCCCCAGAUAAUGGCCUUCCUAGCAAAAGGAAAAGGCGUCCUGCUGGAACCCCAGAUCCAGAUGCGGAAGUGGUGUCCUUGUCUCCGAAGAUCUUACUUGAGUCAGACCAAUACGUGUGCGAGAUCUGUAACCAAGGCUUCCAGAGAGAUCAGAAUCUUCAGAUGCAUCGGAGGCGACACAAGGUGCCAUGGAAGUUGUUGAAAAGGGAUUCACCGGAGGUGAAGAAAAGGGUUUUCGUGUGCCCUGAACCCAGCUGUUUACACCAUGACCCUUGCCACGCGCUUGGAGAUCUCGUCGGGAUCAAAAAGCACUUUCGGAGGAAACACAGCAAUAAUAAGCAGUGGGUUUGUGAGAAGUGCUCAAAGGGUUACGCUGUACAAUCUGAUUAUAAAGCUCAUCUUAAAACAUGUGGAACAAGAGGCCAUUCUUGUGACUGUGGUCGAGUUUUUUCCAGAGUCGAGAGUUUCAUCGAGCACCAAGAUGCCUGUACUAUCCGGCGAAUCCAUUCAGACUUGCCAACAUUUCAGCCGGCAUGUUCAUCUCGUACAGCAUCAAGUACAAGUCCAUCGAAUGACAAGAUUCUCACCUCCAUUCCAACAAUGGCAAGAUCACACCAUCGUCAACCUCCUCCGCAGACUGUAUUUUCACAAUCCCAAGAAGACAUGCAAAACAACUUGGAACUUCAGCUCCUUCCAUCACUAUCACUCUACGAACAAAACAACAAUAACCAGAACCAUUUGAAUCUCUCGAUUGGAAAUGGAGUUUGCUUGCAAAAGGAGGAAGAAAUGAAGAUGGCUUUAGCAGACCAGGCAUUUGCAGAAGACGCUAGGCAACAAGCAAAGAAACAAAUUGAAAUGGCAGAGAUGGAGUUUGAGAAUGCGAAGAGGAUCAGGCAACAAGCUCAGGUUGAGUUAGAGAGGGCUAAGAUUCUUCGAGAACAAGCCACCAGGAAGAUUAGUUCCACCAUGUUAGAGAUCACUUGUUAUUCUUGUAGGCAACGAUUUGAAGCUUCUAGUAAUAAUUUCGGAGCAACUACAGCUGAUGAGACCUCCAUCGCCCCAAGUUACAUGUCGUCAGCUGUAACAGAAGGUGAAGGAGAUUAGUUGUGUUUUUAAGAUAAACCUUUAUUGGUUUAAUUUUCUACUCUCUUCGUCGAUCUUCAACUGUAUGCGUGUUUAUAAGUAAUUUCAUUCAUGUCUUUGCAUUUUACUUCGGAAAUUAAAAUAAAGAUAGGAUUGAACUGAAUCCUACUGGUCAUGUAUCCUAAUUAUUACAUAACAUUCUCCUUCUUUCGUUUA